UUUUGUGCAUGGAUGGUAGUAAAAAUGGGUUAAAGAUGGCAAAAGUGAUAAAAUUGAAGAGGACAAAACAAAAAGAAAAAAGAAAAAGAAAAGAGAAGAAGCGAAAAGAAGAAAUAAGCAAAAUUAGAACGCAGAGAUAUCUGAUGCAGAUGCAAUAGUACAAACUACUCUGAGCAAAGACGCAAAAUCUCAAGUGGAAAGCCAAUCAAUUUUCCGCUACGAAGCUGAAACAAGUUUGAUUAUCGCCAUAUGCAGAGGGAGUGGCAGUUGAUUUUACAGAGGGGGAGACAACUAAAAUUCGAAACCCUAGAGUUUACCCCCUCUUCGCAUGAAUGUAAUGGCGAUACCAGAAUUUGGUAAUUCGCCUAUACGUACAGACUACAGAGGUUUUGUAUUCAUGGCUUACUUGUAAAUCUUCCUUUACACAGCACAGUCCUUAAUCCGCAUCCGAUCAUACAUGUGAUCGCGCACUCCUAAUCAAACCCGCUUUGAUUUGCUGGGAACCAUCUCGCGCCGCUGCUUUCCGUUGAAUUUCUCCGAUCCGGCCAAGAUUAGGGCGGUUUUCCUCUUUGUUUGGAUCUGCGAUUGAUUGCUUUCUCCCAUGGACGAUCUGGACAUCCUAGCCCGCGACUUCGGGUUUGGGCCCGGAGGGAAAUCCAAACCGAUGAGAUCCGCGCAGUUCAGCGAGGUGUUUGGCGAGCCCGCCAAGUUCUCACCCAGCACAAAUUAUAGUACUAACACUCAACACUCUUCAAUGGGGGACCUUGAUUAUGAUUCCAUGUUCAAUCGGGAGGCGAAUAGUGUUAACAAUACUAGCAGCCGCAAAACGUCGUCGGCGUCGGCUCCUGUUUAUGAUGAGCCGGUGUAUGAUGACGAUAUUUUUAAAGGGCUGCCGGGGUUGAAGAGCAACUCACCUACGUCGGCAGUUAGGUCUGACAGUGACGUGUUUACUGGGAUAUCAUCUCACACCUCGAGUAAGGGUGGAAAUCAGAACCAUGAUUUUGAUGAUUUGUUGGGGAAUUUGGGGAGGAGCGAACAAGCAAAGGAGAACAUUAUGAGUAGUAGUGAUAGAAGCAAGAGCAACUCGACUUCAAAGGGGUUUGAUGAUUUGCUUGCAGGGUUUGGCAACGGCGCUUCUGCUGCUAGCAACAGACCUAUAACAGAGUCAAAUUCGAGCUCUGUACCAGUUGGUGGCUCAAAGCAUGGGAGUGUUCUGGAUGAAACUUUUCUAGUUUCGGAAUCAGUUUCAACCCAAGGUUCUUCGUCAUCGAGGGUAUUUCCAGAUCCACUGGAGGAGAGCAGUAAGCAUGGAAAAUCUAGGAGCACAAGGGCUGAAGCUUCAUCUGGUGGUGGCAGAGGAUUUGAUGACUCAGAUACUCUUGGAAAACCUACCGAGUCUUUUUCCCGUGGGAAGGAUACAAGAGAUAAAGAAGGGAUCCCCUUAAGAUCCGCAUCACCACAAUUUGUUUCAACGAGAGAAAAGAUGGGGAGUUCUUCUUCCAGAUACUCAGAACGCAAUAUGCAGAAGAAAACUCCUCUAGAUAACUUUCAGGAACCUCCCUUAUUUGACAUGCCAAAUUUUUCUACAGACUUUCAGAAAUCUUUUAAUCGAACUGCUCCUCCUCAAUACUUUGAAGCAAGCUCACAAGUUGAUAUGUCUCCAACGUCAUCAGGAUUGGGACAGCAGUCUGAUGAUGUAUGGUUGAAUGUAUCAGAGAUUCCUCUUUUCACGCGACCCACAGCUGCUCCACCUCCUUCACGACCUCCGCCACCCAUUCCUCAUCAUAAGUUAAGGGCAGAAACACUUUUCUCUUAUUCAAGUUCAAAAAAGAACGGUGAUAAAUUCCAUCCACCAUCAAAUCAUAGUCAAUAUUCCCAAAGUCCUAAGCUGUCACGUCCUGUGACCAAGGGCCAGCAACUUCCACAGUUCGAUAAACCUGAGGAGUUUGUCCAGGGUGGGUCACAAAAUGGCCUUGAUGAAAGUGUAAAUCUGCAUUCCUCUGAAGAUACCAAUGCAUUCUCGGCUGCUGCUGACGCAUCAGCUGCAGCUAUGAAGGAGGCCAUGGACAAAGCUGAGGCUAAAUUCAGGCAUGCUAAGGAGGUGCGUGAAAGGGAAUAUGUAAAGGCUGCCAGAUAUAAGGAACCUGUGCAGCCGGAGAAAGAUGAGCAAGAUGGUCAGGAGAGAAAUCUGAGAGAAAUCAAUGAGAUAUUGGAGCGUGAAAGGAAACAAAAGGAAGAGGAAGAGAGAGAGCAGAUAAGACUUCAGAGGGAGAGGGAGAGAUCAAGGGAGAUUGAAAGAGAGAAAGGUAGACAGGCUGUAGAAAGGGCUAAUCGUGAAGCACGUGGAAGGGCAGCAGUUCAUGCACGUGAAAAAGCAGCAGCCGAAGCUCACUUAAGAGCUGAAAGGGCUGCCGUUGAGAAGGUAAGUGCUGAAGUUCGAGGACGUGCUGAAAAAGUAGCCGUGCAAAGAGUACAAGCUGAGGCCCGCGAAAGAGCUGCUGUAGAUGCCAGAGGGAGAGCAGAAAAGGCUGCUGCAGAAGCUAGGGAAAGAGCCACUGCUGCAGAAACAAAGGAUAAAGAACUUAGGGAGAAAGCAUUUGCGGUAAGCGCUGAAGUGGAAGCAAGGCGUCGGGCUGAAAGAGCUGCUGUUGAAAGGGCUGCAACAGAAGCACGUGAAAGGGCGGCAGCAGCAGCAGCAGCAGCAGCAAGUGCUACAAAGAUGAAUCAACAGAGGAAUGACGAUGAUCUGGAAUCCUUUUUUAGCAUGGGACGAGCAAGCAGUGCACCUAAGGCACGAGAAAAUUCUACUAAUCCCUUUUCUGAUCAGCAAUUCCAGAACAAGGGAGGAUCUGAAUCUGGAAAGAGAACAUCAUCUUCUAGUGGAGCCUCGUCCAACAUGAAGAAAGUUUUUUCCACUUCUAAUAUUGUUGAUGAUUUAUCUUCUGUUUUUGGAGCUCCAUCAGCUGGAGAAUUCCAGGAGGUUGGAGGGGAAACUGAAGAAAGAAGACAAGCCAGGCUGGAGCGCCACCAACGCACUCAAGAGCGUGCUGCUAAAGCAGUGGCUGAGAAGAAUCAACGGGACCUUCAAGCUCAGAUGGAGCAAGAAGAAAAACAUAGGAUUGCUGGGACAUUAGAUAUUGAAAUCAAGCGCUGGGCCGCUGGAAAAGAAGGAAAUCUGCGAGCCUUAUUGUCAAGUUUGCAAUACGUGCUUUGGCCUGAAUGUGGCUGGCAGCCUGUUUCAUUGACAGAUUUAAUCAUCGGUGCCUCUGUCAAAAAAGCCUAUAGAAAAGCUACCCUUUGCAUUCAUCCUGACAAGGUGCAGCAAAAGGGCGCCACUCUCCAACAGAAGUACAUCGCUGAAAAGGUCUUCGACCUGCUUAAGGUAACAAAUCUUGAUGCAAAAUGGGCCUGGUACAGAAAUCAAGCCUGUUCGGUGCUAAUGCAGGUUACCUAGGGAUGGAGUUGCAUGGUUGAAAGAUGAAAGAUAUGCAAGGUGAUAUUGGAUAUGAUGCAAAGUAGCAGCAUCGAUCUCAUCAGGUGCAUUCCCUCUCAAAUUACCCAAGGAUACAAAUAAAAGUAGAGGAUCUGACCAUCUCAGCAGUUGAGAAGCCAGAUUCAUAGAGUAUCAUGAUUAGGGGCUGAAUGAAACUCAAGAUGUUCAGGUGUCAAGGCCAACCACCUAAUGCAAACUUACAAGAGUUGCUAUCAAGGUUA